AGGGCCUGGUCAGCUAGUUGACUUUCAUGUUGAUAAGCUGAAGGGGACUAGAGGAAGGGACUGCGGCUGUGUUCAGUACCUCACAGUCUCAUUUAGUUACCGGUUCGGACAUGAAUCUCGUCAGACCUCGCCUGUCCGUCAGAAACCUCCUCGGUCAGAGGAUCAGAGGGAUGUGCAGUAACAAACUGCAGGAGACCAAAGCAGAGGCUUCACCUGCAGCUUCAGCUCAAGAAUCCCAUCCCCAAUUGCAAGUCCCAGGCCUCAGACCCUCUCGGAUGGACAAGAAGAUGUUAGUCUGGACAGGCCGCUUCAAGUCCGUGGACCAGAUCCCAGAUUUUGUGUCKUUCCGGACGAUUGACGCUGCCAGGGACAAAAUGAGAAUAAAAGUUGCCAAUGGGAUGAUAGUGCUGACAUUAAUAGGCUGUGUGGUUAUGGUGAUUUCGGGCAAAAGGGCUGCAGCCAGACACGAGUCCCUGGUAGCUUACAACUUGGAGAAGAAAGCCAGGUGGAGGGAGGAACACGAGAAAGAGAUGAAGGCUCAGUGAAGGAGAGCUCGUCCCGACGGAGCGAUCACACCCCCCCACCCCCCAAACUGUGGGCACAGAGGGUCUCCCUUCCUGCUCCCACCUCAGAGUAGUAGAACCAUGAAACAAUCAGCUAUGGUGGUACUUCUUUAAAAACUUACUUACGUUUCUUACUUGUGCAAAAACGUUGAACGGCACCUUUUCAAACAGCACCAAUGUAAUGGGAAAAAUAAAACGGAGGCAACAAAUUCUAUUUCAGAUUAAAGAAGUUUUAAACUUUUAUGCUUUUAGGUUUGUUUCCCAGAAAAAAAAGUAGCGUAUCUGACACAAAUGUUUUGUUAUUGUUUAUAUAUCAAUAGAAUGAAGUUUGUUUUUGGCUCGUGGUGUUGUUUUUUUUUUUGUAGAAGCAAAACAUUUAAAUAAAUGAAUGUUUCUUCUUAAUCUGAUUUUAA